CAAGAUAGCAGAGCAAACAUGGCCGCGAUAUUCUCCUCGCGGUGGUGUUGGCUUGCCAUUUUGUGACGCCUCGUGUUCGCCGCAGCGGCAAAAGCAGCAUCAAUAAACUUCUCCAGGAGAACUCCAUUUCUUCUUGUUGUAAUUAUCUGAAACCUCAUUGCUGAUUCAAUUGAUCGUUGAUCAGUCGUUGCCAUUGUGUUCAAUUGAUUGACAGGCAACAGCAGAUAUGUCUAAAAGGAGGAUCGAAGUCGUUGAUCCGUACGUCAAGCGUAAAUGUGAUAGCAGUUCGUCUGGUAGUAUACCAGCUAUAGCAGCGAGUAUUGCAAAUGCACAAAGACAAGUGCAAUUAAAUCCCUAUACAGGUUUACCAUUCACACCUCGUUAUCAUGAAUUUUAUAAGAAGAGAAUUACUCUACCAGUCUUUGAAUAUCGAACCGACUUUAUGCGGUUACUGGCUCAACAUCAGUGUAUAGUUCUUGUUGGUGAAACUGGAUCUGGAAAGACUACACAAAUUCCCCAAUGGUGUGUAGAGUAUUCAAAGAGCGUAGGUCAAAAAGCAGUAGCGUGUACCCAGCCGAGAAGGGUUGCUGCUAUGUCUGUAGCUCAAAGAGUUUCAGAGGAAAUGGACGUAGCAUUAGGUCAAGAAGUAGGUUACAGUAUUCGUUUUGAAGAUUGUAGCUCAUCUAAAACUAUUCUCAAGUACAUGACUGAUGGUAUGUUGCUCCGAGAAGGCAUGUCAGAUCCAAUGUUAGAAGCUUACCAAGUUAUAUUGCUUGACGAGGCUCAUGAACGUACUCUUGCUACUGAUCUACUUAUGGGUGUAUUGAAAGAGGUCAUCAAACAAAGAUCAGACUUGAAACUUGUUAUUAUGAGUGCUACUCUAGAUGCUGGCAAAUUCCAACAAUACUUUGACAAUGCACCUCUGAUGAAUGUACCUGGUCGAACUCAUCCUGUUGAGAUUUUCUACACACCAGAGCCAGAAAAGGACUACUUAGAGGCAGCUAUUAGAACUGUUGUUCAGAUUCACAUGUGUGAAGAAAUACCUGGCGACCUACUGCUAUUUUUGACUGGUCAAGAAGAAAUCGAAGAAGCUUGCAAGCGGAUAAAACGUGAAAUGGACAGUCUUGGUCCUGAAGUCGGCGAGCUCAAAUGUAUUCCGCUUUAUUCAACUUUACCACCUAACUUACAGCAACGAAUCUUCGAACCUGCUCCACCGACGAAACCAAACGGCGGUAUCGGUCGCAAAGUCGUCGUGUCGACGAACAUUGCUGAAACGUCGCUUACCAUCGAUGGUGUUGUAUUCGUAAUUGAUCCAGGCUUUGCCAAGCAGAAAGUUUAUAAUCCAAGAAUCAGAGUAGAGUCGCUCUUGGUAUCACCUAUCAGUAAAGCCUCUGCUCAACAGAGAGCAGGUCGUGCCGGUCGAACAAGACCUGGAAAAUGUUUCCGAUUGUAUACUGAAAAGGCUUACAAGAACGAAAUGCAGGAAAAUACCUAUCCAGAAAUUCUCAGAUCAAAUCUUGGUAGUGUCGUUCUGCAGCUGAAGAAACUGGGUAUUGAUGAUUUGGUGCACUUUGACUUCAUGGAUCCACCAGCACCGGAAACUCUCAUGCGAGCUUUGGAACUUUUGAAUUAUUUGGCAGCGUUGGACGACGACGGUAACCUGACGGAUUUAGGUGCUGUGAUGGCCGAAUUCCCACUAGAUCCUCAGCUUGCUAAGAUGCUCAUUGCUUCAUGCAAUCACAAUUGCAGCAAUGAAAUUCUCAGUAUCACAGCUAUGUUGUCAGUCCCACAGUGUUUCGUGAGACCAAAUGAAAUGAAGAAAGCUGCUGAUGAAGCAAAAAUGCGUUUUGCUCACAUUGACGGAGAUCAUUUGACAUUAUUGAAUGUCUACCAUGCUUUUAAGCAGAAUCAAGAAGAUCCUCAGUGGUGCUACGACAAUUUCGUCAAUUAUAGAUCCUUGAAAAGUGGGGAUAAUGUUAGGCAACAGUUGAGUAGAAUUAUGGAUCGGUUCAACUUGAAGCGAACCUCGACGGACUUUACAUCUAAAGAUUAUUAUAUUAAUAUUAGAAAAGCUCUUGUUAACGGUUUCUUUAUGCAGGUAGCGCAUUUAGAAAGAACAGGCCAUUAUCUAACAAUCAAGGAUAAUCAGAUUGUUCAACUUCAUCCCAGUAGUUGUCUCGAUCACAAACCUGACUGGGUAAUUUAUAACGAAUUCGUGCUGACAACAAAGAAUUAUAUUAGAACAGUGACGGAUAUUAAACCUGAAUGGCUUUUACAAAUUGCACCUCAGUACUACGACCUACAGAAUUUCCCACAAUGUGAAGCUAAGCGACAACUUGAAGUCAUUCAAACACGAUUAGAUUCCAAGCAGUAUCAGCAAGGCUUUUAAUAAGCGCUGACGAAUAAAUAUUCUAUGUGAUGAAAAUUCAAGCACCAUUGAUGUGACUAAUAAGAUUUUUUCAAUAUUUGAAAAGAUCUAAAUUAUCUAACCUAUUUCAAUGAAAGAUCGAAAGUGAAUGGUAAAAAGUUAUAUUUAUGUACUAUUUUAGAAUUUGUGACUGAACUACUACAUGUUUUUCAAUAGGGAAUUUGCUGAAACAAAAAUGAAAAAGAAAGUUAGGCUAAUUUUUCUAAUAUGUGAAAAUCACAAUUUUUAUUGUUUGUACAAAAACAAAAAACCAAGUGCGUUAAGAAGUGAGAAGAAAUAAUUAAAUCGUUUUUUUCUUUUUUAAACAUUAAAUAGCAUCGAAUAUUUUAUUACACAAUAGCAUAAUACUUAAUCCAUUAUACACCACCUAAAAUGGUUACUAAUUUUAUCACUUGCAUCAAUUAUUAAAUAAUCAUUACAACUUCGAUAAAAAAAAUUACUAGUUUUAAUAAUAUAACGAUAAGUCAGAAAUUGAAAGAAAUCAUUGCUGAUUUUUUUGUCACGGUAAUAAUUAAAAUUGCAUCGAUAAUUAUUUGAAAGUGUCAUGAAUUAUUACAACUACAUAUUAUACAUUAUGUAAAUAGAUCUUGAUAAAACAAAUAGUGAAACAAAGUUUUACAUGAUCCAAUCAAUAGCUGUUUCAUCAUAAGUUUUCAUUCCACUAAUAAUGUAGUCUUAGUAUGAUCACACUAAUUGGCUUACAAUCAUAGAACUAAUGACGUGAAAAUCGAAUUGCAAGCAAAAAGUGUAGACUUUCGUUACGAAAGAAAAUAAUAUCAUUGUUAUUCUCAAUGAAUUUAAAAUUGUUUGACUUAUACUGGACAUAAUGUGCGAAAAGAGUAAUUGUAUAAAAAAAAAGAAAAAUAUAUACACUAUUUGUAAGCAAAAUAAUUAUUUGUCACGAGUUCAUUAAAAUAAAAAAAAAUUAAGAAAAUCGAACGAAAAUUGACAAAA